AUGGCUGCUUUCAUCGACCCCAUUCUCCGUGGUUCUCUUUUCGUGUACUUGGCCAUCUUGCUUGGUUUGAUUGGUUCGCUUAUUGCUGAUCAAAGCCACGUCAACCCUCAAGUCAAUUUCGGUAUUUUCGCUACUGUAUUUGGUCUUGUAUUUGGUGUGUUCUACGGCCUGGGAGCUGCCUUUGUCGAGUUCUUGGCUUUCCCCAUUGUCAUUGCCAUCUUUGACUUCCUCAACUUUGUGUUCCUUUUCGCAGCUGCCACUGCUAUUGCCACUGCUCUCAGAGUCCACUCUUGUAACAACAAGUCGUAUGUCGACCACAACACUGUGGCCCAGGGUUCUUCUGGCAGAUGUCGUCGUGCUCAAGCCUCUGUUGCUUUCUUGUACUUCUCUGCUUUCACCAUCUUGGGUCUUUUCAUCUACUCGACCAUCAGUGUGUUCAGCCAGGGUGCUUUCAGCCUCCCUACUAGCCGUCGUUCGGCCGCUCCUCGUACUGGUAUCCCUACCAUGUCUCAGGUUUAA